AGUUCUUAGAGGGCGCCUCUUUCCAUUUCUCGAGAGUCAAUCAUUGGUGACACAGUUCACCUAAUGUCCGGAAAAAGAAAUUGCGUUCAUGGCAUGCUUCGAGUAUUUAAUUCAGUGCCUCUUCUUCAUUUCAUUUGGGCUAUCUGACGUUGCAAAAAAGACCCUUAUUGCUAGGCAUGGUUUGAUAAAACCAUGCCUAGUGGAACUUUUUAAAUGCUAUAACAGAACCCCAGUCAAGAUGCAAACAAAUUCUUUUUUUUUUCAGGGACGUAGUGAAAGUGACAAUUCUUCUCAAGGAUUUAAGCGACUUUCAAGCAAUGAAUUUGGUUUACAAGGAAUACUUCAAAGAGUGUGACCCCCUUCCAGCCAGAACCACCUUCCAAGCGGGAGAGAUGCCUUUAAAUACAAGGAUCGAAGUGGAUUGUAUCGCUAUGAAGAGGGGAACAUAAAAUGAGCAGUUGUGUUGGAAAUCGUGACAUUUUUACAAGAUGAAAUCCAUAGAAUUCGUUUCCAGCCACAACGGAGCAGUGGUGACCAUCCGUUUGAAUGUUCCACAAAAACGAAAUGCAAUUUCUUUGCAAAUGUUCCGUGAACUCAUUGAUUUUUUGAGGGCGUCUGAGAGCGAUCCAAAGCUGACUAUUGUUGUUCUCACAGGUACAGGAACGUACUUCUCGAGUGGAAAUGACCUUACCAAUUUCACCAAUGCAUUUCAAGACCCUGGAGCGAACUUGGACCAAGUCAUCAAGCAUGGUGCUCAACUUGUCUCCGAUAUGGUGGAAGCCGUGGCCAAAUCCUCCAAGAUUCUGGUGGCCAAGGUGAACGGCCAUGCCACCGGCAUAAUGGUCACCUUGCUAGGGCUCUUUGAUCUGGUUUAUGCCGUAGACACUGCCCAAUUCCUCACCCCGUUUGUUCAACUGGGGCAAUCUCCGGAAGGAGCCUCUUCGUACACUUUUCCCAGAAUGUUUGGUCGGGGCGUGGCCUUUGAGACCUUUGCCCUUCAAAGGUCAAUUCGAGCGGACUUUGCUUGCAAAUCGGGAUUGGUUACGGGGAUUUUCCCACAAGGUGCUCUUAAUCGUGAGGUUAAUAAAAAGGUUGACCAUUUGGCGACUUUGCCAAGAGAGUCUUUGCUGGCCACCAAACGAUUGAUUUCCCAGUCGUUUCUGGAGAAGGUCCUUCAAGCCAAUGAAAGGGAAAUUCGAGAGCUCGAAGAGCGAUUCAAAUCGGAUGAAUGCCUGGAGGCCAUUAUGGCAUUCUUUACCAAGAAAUCCAAGUUAUAGUGGUUCCAAUGAAUCAAAUCAAACUCGUUGGACUGACCAAAAAAACAACAACUACCAAUUUGCUUCUUCCCUUUGUUAGAUUGCUAAUGGUAAACAACUUAAGAAAUUAAAAAAAUAACCUGCUUUGGAAACAUGGAUGGUCCAAUAAAGAACAAAAAAAUAGUUGUUUGAAAUAACAGAUGGAAGUAUUGAUUAUU